AGUUCGCUAAAAACAUCUGUGAAACCUAGCGCGAAUCGCCCUUGGCAAAAUAUUACACAAGUGCACAAAAACAAGAAACGUCUGUGUAUUUAUUUUCAAGUAUUCGCUUUCAGUUGCAACGGUUAGUAAGAUAUUCCAUUCAGUGAGUCAUAGGGGCAACCCGAACAGUUCUGAUGCCGGUGGUCCGGCGGUGUGAGUUGAGCGGGCAAGACCCGGCUUGAAGGACCUGCCCAGUACCCAGAAUGGAUGACUACAGUUUCUACGACGACGGCGAAGAUCGCGAUAUGGGUCAUUCUGAGUCAAAGGGGGCUAAGAAGAGAGAUAAGAGCGUGAGUAACGGCAACAAGCCUACACGAGGGGUUGCUACGUCUUUCGGCUUCAGACGGCGACCGGCCAGCACGUCUCGAGCUGAUGACAAUGCUAGGAAGAAACCACACGAUAAGAACGGUAAUGGAGGGUCAACAGAGGAACUUCGUGCGGAGGAGGUGCUGUCAGGGCGGUCGACGCCUCUCGCCCGGCCUCGAAAGGAGACGGCGGGUCAACCACUGCGGACUAAUCGGUUCGGUUUCAGGCAGCAACACAGCAAGACGGCGAAGGUCUCCGACGUGGGCGUGAACGUGGAACACGCGUUCGGGAACAAGGAGGCGUUUAAUAAUAACGGUUUUGAUAAGAAAACGAACCUCCCGCUCGUAACAACUCAAGUAUCUACCAACGGAGUGACGAACAUAGUGGGCGCGGCAGGUGUCCCCAAACCCGUGACCAAGCAAACCGUCAUACUCACUUACCAAGCGCAACAGUAUCCUAGUCAGGAUGGUAGGAAACCGAAAACAGAAGCACCAAUUCGUAGCACAUCCAGACCGCCUGCCUUCGAUCAGAAGCCACCUGGAAAAUACACCUUCCAAACAAACCAACUACCCAGACCUCAGUACCCAGCUGUUAAGACUAUAGACGCUAAAACUGCCAAACAGGUGGUCAAUAACACGCGGAAGGCCAGCACUGAUGGAUGGAGAGAAGGCGCAGGCUCAGCCGUAUCGAGCGACUCGGGCGUGUACGCGUGCGAGGAGUCGCCGCGGCGGCGCCCGCGCAGCCUCGAGAUGGUGAUGCGCGGCGCGCACAGCUUCCACCUGCGCGAGCUGCAAGUCGCUGAUCUGGAUAUUAUGGACGAAGCAGUAGUAACAGGACACGCAGUGAUACCCCUCCCCAAGUUGCCCAGUUCGUUGUUCACCGAAUCAUCACCAGAGUGCGAACCUCCCACGCCGCCAUCACCAACUCCAACUCCCAAACCGGUGAUGGAAGUAAGACAGAGCUCACCAAUGUCAACCCUGGAGCGGUACAGGACAAAGCGACCCAGCAGAAUCCAGAAUAUUGAGUGUAAGGAGGAAAAGUUCGUGUUGGACCGGACCCAACCUGAAGUAUUGAAUAAGCAGGCGUCGUUCACAAAACCAUCAAGCGGCACAGCCUCCCCCAGCGUGGUGGAUUCUUCCAAAGAGUCGAGUCCCUCCUGCAAGAGCGAAGAGAACUUCACCAGCGCUUGGCAGAGCCACGCCGCGGGAGAGGCUAUGGCUAACAGAUCUCAGGACGACGUAUCUCUCGCGCUGAGCGUGUCGAGUUGUGAAGAAGAUAAGUCCAAAUUUGAAGUGAAGGAAGCGAAAGAAGCAGAAAUACCGAAAAAAACAAUAGUUAUCAUGGACGAACCUCCUCACCCGUUGUUGAUGAAAUCUCUUACUUUGAGCCAGCAUGAGUCCUUACGGGGUUCUAUGAUGGGAUCAAUGACCAGCUCCAACUACAGUACAACAAGUACGUGCACAAACCAAAGCAACGCCCACAACACACUAACCCUCACCCUGGAAGAGUCGAAAUUCGACAUGUCCGUUCUGGAAACUUCCACACAGAGUCUGUUGGACGACGAAACCUCUCCAGCGGAUAGCUUAAUAUCCUCCACCAGCACCAGUGACUCCAAUAAUGAUUUACAUGCUAAUGAUACCAUAUCUAGUGCUUAUCAGACGGCUAACACUAAGACGAAGUCACCAGCACCCAUCGUGGAGGAAGAUGAUAGUGUGGAUGGAGAAGUGUUGCCUGUGAAGGAAUCGAGCUCGGAUACAAUAAGUGGGGAUAGCAAUAAAGAAGCGAGUCCGCCGUCGCCGGGCACGCCCACUCACGCGUCUAACUCACUCUCUCUCUCGGAUGGCCGAGAUUUCUUCGACGACGAGAUUGCUGACCAACCGGCGUUACUGUUUAGAAAAAACACCCACGGAAGUCCCACAGUGAGGCGAGCGGAAUCAGACGUCGGCAAACAGCUGAGGAGAUCAAAGGAGCAUUUAAUGUCCAGUCCAUUAGCAAGGAGAAGUCCUAAGAUGAAUGGUGCCAGAAAUCCAACGGAAAGAACAGCAUCCCUGGACACAUUAUCCAGUCUCGCAUCAGACGAUCUGAUGAUGGACAACGACCUGGCGCAGUCCAUCACCAGCCUGCAGAGUGUGGAUGACUAUAUUGAGAGGUUGGACAGUUCCCUCCGCAGCGGAUUGAAUUCCCUGGACGAAAAGCAGCUCCGCCAAGAGCUGUCCUCCUCCACAGCAGCUGUGCGCCAGUGGAGCCAGCUGCUGGAGAGGAACAACCUCCUGGACCGCCAGCUCGCUGCCAUGGCCCAAGGGGGCGAUUCCAGCGGGAGCACGGCCAGUUUGAGUAACAUUGGGGCCAGUCUACCAAUCAGGAGUGCGCGUUUACUCCAACGGUCACGCACACAGACGCCAUCUGACGCCGGCAUCAGCGAUGGCAGCGCUUCGCCCGCGCCGGCCCCGUCCACGCUGUUACAAGAUGUCGUUGACAUCAAGACGCUGCUGCUGCAGCUGAAACGGGUCUUACAGGAGCCCGGGGAGGAGCACAAUUCGAUGAGUAAGAAGAAUGUGAGCGAAACUCUCGACCCGUUGCUAGCGGCGUGCGCGGAGAGCCCCGCGCGCGGCAACGGGCGCCGCCCCCCCGCCUCGCCGCUGCACCCCGACGCCUGCGCCGAGAUGCGCCGCCAGAUCGUCUAUCUGCAGAGUCAGUUAGAAGAGCGAGACCGGCUGGUGCGCGUGCUGCAGCAGCAGAUGCUGCGCAUGGCGGAGGGCCACGAGCCGCGCGCCGACGACACCUGCAACGUCGCCACGCAGACUGACAGGUUGCGGCCGCCGAUGGGUUCAACUCUUACCAGUUCUGAUAAUUCCGGAUUAGUGAGUUGGAAUGAACAAGGGAGCGGAAGAAAGCUGCCGUUAUACAGUGAAGCACAAAAGACAAAGAGACCUGUUACCAACGGGGUAGUGAAAUGUCAGUGCGGUGCGAGAAAUGUGAACGGACUUGACGAUAACGUACAGACAGACAAACGAGACGCUAUACACCUCAAACCGAACAGCCGGGUCGGCUCCAAAUACCUCCAAGCCGUAGCUGGCAACGCCGAGAGAAGGUACGUCAAGAGAGAUUCGUCCUUGGGAGAGAAAUCGGACAGAAGAAAUCUCUACACGAACAGAUCUCGCUCGAUAGAAAACUUCCAGAACCAGAACUACUCGACGGCGGAACCCUUGCUGUCCAGAACCGCUGUCAUAGAAGAGACCACAAUGAAGCACCACACGUCGUACGGGGAUCUGUACAACGGGAGGAUCGGGAGCAGAGAGAGCGUCAACAGACACAGUCCGAGUCUGAACGGACAAUCCACGGACACGGAUUACAGCUCAGACGGAGGCUACAAGUCUCUGCCCUCGUCCAUCAACUACGGCUCCCCGAAGAAGGUCAGCGGCAUUCCGAGGAGGUCGCUGGAACAGAAGUUCAUAUCGACGAAGCAAAUCCGGGCGAGCGCCGUGUGAAAUUGUUCUAGAAACUUCUGGAAAUUUCUCUUGAACGAAAUCGUGAUAGUCGGAAACCAGCCGUACCUCGGAUCUCGGGUUCAAGACUGGUUCUAGGGUUGCCACUUCUGCCCUAACUUGACAAUAUUAAAGAGAUAAUUUAUUGCACAUAAAUAGCAUUUUCGUGUAGCGCAGAAGCUUUGCCGCUGUUUAGCGAGUCGCUUUGUGAUGUGGCAACUCCGUUGGUGCAUAUCACGAGGAUGCAGGAUGCCAUUCGUCACAAUUACAGGCUCACUCGCAUUAUGGUUCGCGACGCUAAUAUUAAGUUGAAGAUGCCAAAACGUUUGCUUAUGCAUUUUAUUUUUUAUUUGACUUGAAAUCGUUUAUUUCAGAAGUGGUUGCGUUUCGCAUAUUUCCUUUGUACAUGACACCUGUAUCAUAAUUAGGAUAUCGGGAGUGUUCCAUAGUUUAAUUUAUACAGGCGAAAAAUAUCUUAGAUUUUCUAUGAUAGACUCGGUAGAUGAUAAUGCUGUUAUGUGAUAAGAGUGGCUGUAAGUUCUUUUUUUUUUCGAUAUUUUAUAAUCGUCUAAUCCUAAAUGUACUAUGAAAAUGUAAUCGGUAGUUAGGUAACAAAUAGGUACAAAGUUAUAUUCCUUGUGCAUUUGUUGAUUACGAGAAAGUGAGUCUUAAGGGAGGGCUAGGAUGAGGUGUCGUUUAUAUUUUUAUGAGACAAUGAACAAAUUAUUAAUGAAAUAUAUCGCGAGCGGGCUUGCGCAUGUGACGUUUUUCUACCUUAAUAACCCCGCAAUAUUUUGUGGUUUAAUUUUACAAAAGUAUGAAAUAGAUUUAUAUAAAUACACCAAUAUCCCUUAUUCUAGCGCUCUCUGAGACUAUAUAAUCAUGCCUAUUAAACUAUUAUAUUAUCUUGAAUAGAUAUAUUUUCCGCAUUGCCUAAUUUAAGUCCUAUUGAUACCUAUUUAUGAAAUACUAGUAUGCAUUUUGUGUACUUAACGCUAUCAACAGCAGAAUUAUGUUAUUGUAUAUGUUUCCUCAUACAUAAGUGAAAACCCAGUAGCUUUAGUAAAAUAUAUAUUAUCAUUAAUUUAAAAAUCAAAUUGUUUCAAUAAAUAACUUUAAUUUUG